AUGUCCCCGCGUAGCGCAAUGAACUGGUCGGAAUGGGAGGAGAGAAAUCUUCUCUCUUGGCUGGAUACCCAUCGAGAGCUGUCGUGGAAAGCCCGCUCCGACGCAUAUUAUGAACAACACCGGGUGGCCCGAAGCGCUGAGUCUCUACGGGGGAAGAAGUAUCAUAUUCUGCGAAAGUGCCGUCGCACUGCCGCCAGAGCUUCUGAUCGUUCAGGCAAUCAAAAACAAUCAAAAGCUGUUCGUCGCUCGGUCGGCCGUAGGGCUUCAUUGGCGGCUCUCCCACACAACAUUUCUGCCAAAACAUAG